GAGGCCCUGUUAUAAGCUAGAGAUGCGCCGGUCUGCGUCGCCAGUCUGCAAAAGGGUGGCGCGACUCGCGCGUCCACGGUCAGUUUGCCUCCGCCGCACUCGACGGUGCACUUUUGCACGUGUGUGACGCGAUGCACUAAGAAGUGAGAUCCUCUGUACUUGUGGCGAAUCACUGAAUUGGCACGUGCUUGUUCCGCCUCCACCUGCAGCCAUGGAUGAUAAGUGCGCCAAACUGAGAUACUCUGCCUGUGUUUUGUGCGUCCUGCUGCUGCUUGGACGUGCUGGAGGGUUGCAAAUUACAGACUUGAAAGUGCCACAGUUGGUCAAGAAUGGCUCGGGGCGACCGCUCAUCCUGGACUGCGAGUACACGUUGGCGCCUGAGGAGGAAGGUGCCGGCCUCGUGGUCAAGUGGUUUUUCAAUUCGCAACCGGCUCCUGUCUACCAGUGGAUCCCCGGAAAGAAGCCUCAGGAUUUGGGCAUCUUGAAAGGGCGGCUGAACCUGGAGUACCAGGCGUCGAGCCACCCUUCGCAGGCGCACCGGGCCCUGCAGAUCGUCAGCGCGACGAGCGAGCUCUCCGGGGAAUACAAAUGCUCCGUGUCCACUUUUCAUGAUGAAGACUUCAUGGUCAAGCGGAUGCUCAUCUUCGCUCCUGAGAAGCGCUUUGAGGUGUGGCACAGCCGCGGCCCUCGCGAAGGCCUCGUCAACGUGAGCUGUCUGGCCACGGGCGCCUUCCCCGAACCCAAGUUGUCACUCUACCCGGACAGUGGUACUCUGGAAGACGUGAAGAUCGAGACGCGAUCGCACAAAGGCUCGUACGACGUGAUCGCCAGCACAGUCAUCGAGUACCCGCUCGAACCCACCGUCUUCCACUGCGAGCUCCGCAUCCCCGAGGCCAAGUACGAGAUUCGCAAGAGCCUCGUCUACUACCCUGGGAGUGCCGAGUUGAGUGCUGAGAGUGGGUGCUCAAGUCCGAGCCGAAUUGGGGCGGCCACGUUCGCACUGUUGAGCGCUGCGAGCAUAGUCGCCAUCGGCCGCUGGUGCUGAACUCCCUGCUUCUCUCUGCUUCAAAAAGAAAUUGCUGCUGAACGCGCAAAAAUGAGCGAAUGAAAGUGAGAGAGCGAGCGAGCGAGAGAGAGUCCAUUAAAAAGCGAAUCUACCGUAGUCAGCAUAAUGAAGUCAGGGGCCUUUCCUAAAAUGUAAAUUGGACGAAGCGACCAGAGGAGCGACCAGCGCGCACUACUAUCGGAAAAUAUCAUCACACAUGCGGAAAAGGCGGCAAGAGAAGUGCAAAGUUGGCAGAGUAGUCAAAAACGGACGAGAUCAAAUUUUUUCAUCUCGGUGACUAAAGUUAAAUUCGUUUUUCGCGCGCGCGGAUAUGUAAAAUUUCCAAAGCAGGGUAACUGUCUUUUUUGUCUUUGAACACACACGCACGUGUAUGUGCCGAACGAGAGCGGGGAGCCACCAAGAAAAAAAACGUGCAACUGCAAGAAGAGUGAGAAAUCGAGCAAAUUCAGUGUUCAUAUUUCACGACGAGACGACGAUAUAUUAUUAUAUUGUUAUAAAAUUGAAGCAAAAAAGAGACGAAAUUAACGAUGCGAAACGUUUCAGGGGACGGAUGAUUGAAUGUCACUGCUGACCUGCUUUCCUUUUUUCCUGAAUUUGUAUAACUUGCCUCCUCUGAAGACAUUGAAAAGCUGGAGGUUCAUUAUUUUUGACCGCACAAUUCAAUCUUUGAACGAUGGAUGCUAUAAAAGUGCGGGUUUUCGAAGUAAUUUCUUAAGAAUCAUUUCCUUUAAAAAGUAGUGAUAAUUGAUUAAAUUAAGAGCUUAGUCGUCUAAACCUGAUACCAAAGGACCACGCAAAAAUGAUUAUUUUCAAUUCCUUUAUAUUUAUUAUGUUUAAGUUGUAUCCAGAUCUAUAUAUAAAGUGACGCGAAUUUUUGAUGAACUUGUGUAAAUAAAUUAGCGAAAAAUAGGUUACGAGAGUGCGGAAUGAGUGCAGAGUCGCUGUGAGUCAAAUAUAAGGGCGGGGUAAUUUUUCAAAUUUCAAAUCUUCUGAGUGUGAAAAUUCUAUUCUCAAGCUCGAGCCAGCCGGAAAAAAAAUUAAAUUUUCUUAUAAAUAUCCAACAACAAAAGAGCAAAGAAAAAUGUUAUUGCAAAGUCAAAUUUGAUCGUGAUAUAGUGGGAUUGUAAACAAACACUUUGAAUUAUUAUUAUGAUUAUCAAUGACUGUUUACCAGAAUUAUAAUAUUUUAAGUGUAAAUAGCUCUCUAUUUAUAAAAGCGAAACAGCGCCGCCGCCAUCAUGGGUUACAAUUACCUACCUUACAAGAUUAAAUAAGAUUACUGAGUGAAUUUAUCGAGAGCACGGUGUGCAAAACAUUAGAGAUCACCCCUCUACCGCAGCUGCAGAUUUUUUUAGCGUAAUACAAAAUACAAAAGAAAAUUACCGAGACAAUUUAAAUACUGUAGAGCCCCAGAAGAGAGCAAGACACUCACCCUGGACCAUCACACAAUUAAUGCAGCAGCUAGAAUAAUCCUUUGCAGAAACUAUAGGUGUUGAUUUGAAGCUACUUGUUUGUUGAUUAAAUUGAUUCUCUCCAUUCUUAUAUAUGUAAAUGUGAAAAAAGGACUUGGUGAUUUGAAGAAGUUCCGUGUUGCUUUUUGCCGUUCAAAAUAUUUAAAAGAAUAAAAUGCCAUUUCAAUGUUUCCAAUGAUCUACCAAACGAUAUUAUGUUACCUUGGAAAUCUUUAAAAUUUACAUGCUAAAUGUAUAUGAAUUAUUGAUUUCCACAACGAAAUUUCAUACAUCAGGACACAUCCAGAGAAGUUUUUGUAUCUAUCAGAAGUAACGUGGUAAAAUCUUACAAGAAAUUAACCAAUGCGUUUUAUU